AUGAGUGCACCUUCAAAAAAGUGGUAUUCAUUCAUAUAUCAUAAAAGUUCAAGUCCUCGUGGAAAGCAGGGAAAACCAGGUCCAGCUGGUCCACCAGGACCUAAAAGUAAAGCCACGUCAACCGGUGGAGUGGUCUAUACAAGAUGGGGAAGAAAACAUUGUCCUAAAACAACGAAAACUGUUGAGAUUUAUUCUGGAGCAAUCGGGGGAUCGUUUUAUUCACACAGUGGGAGUGGAUCAAAUUAUCUUUGUUUACCGUUGAAUCCAAUAUACGAGAAAUACGCUGCUGGUACUCAGAGUUAUGCAAUCAUUUAUGGUAGUGAAUACCAGAUUACUUCUGCUGAGAAACAUAUCUUCCCAAAUCCAAACUUACACGACCGAGAUGCUCCGUGCGCUGUAUGUCAUGCUAAGUCACGUGGUAGUCACAUGAUGAUUCCAGCGCGCAAUAUCUGCCCUUCAGGAUGGACCUUGGAAUACAAAGGUUAUUUAAUGGCUGAACGUCAUAAUCACAAGCGAUCUGAGUACAUUUGUGUUGAUGGCAAGCCAGAAGCAAUACUUGGAUCUCAUGCAAAUAGAGAUGGAGCAUUGCUAUAUUUUGUUGAAGGCCAUUGUGGUUCUUUACCAUGUCCACCAUAUAUUCAUGGAAAGGAACUGACCUGUGUAGUCUGUACUCAGUGA